AUGUGUGCGGCAGCAUUAAGUGAAAGCCGCCUGGGAGAUGUACGCAUGCCUUGGCACCUGCGUCCUGCACGCCGCCCUCCUGUGAGGUCGCGCCAAUAUGUGCACGAAAGGCGGUGCGAGGAUGUCUCCUCCCUACUGUGGGCCCAGCAUGCUUCCAAGUAUCGCGGCGUCAGCGACGUGGCGACAUCGGCAAGCUGCAGCCAGAUUCACAUACAGCCCAUGAGCGAGUUUCGUGUCUUGAGUGGACUGUGCCGCCUGCUGAUGUUGCUGAUGCAGGCAGUCCUCCUCCCCUCGCUGUUUAAGACGUCAACAUCCACGUGGAGUGUGAAUAACUCGGAUGGAGCCUAG